GGCUCGAUUCUCAUUCCUGCUGAAGCUCUAGUCGGAGCAGGGUCGACGCUUGUAGCAGCGUCGUAGCAACACAAACAAAAAAUAAUACAAGUCGGAGCGGAUCGAACGCGCGUGAAAUCAUCUCACGGGUUUAAAGUCUUCUACACAUAUGUGUGAUUGUUGUGUGUGUGUGGUGAAGAUUUGUGCAAUCAAUCAAUUUGUGCUUUAGAAUUAUCAAUUUAGUGUGUGUUUGCGUGUGUGACCUCCCUAAAUCUAUAGGAUACUCAAUUUAUCCUGCUGCGAUACUAGAAAAUGUAUUAGAAACCUUCCCUUUGAAAACUCUGAAAAGACUGAUGUUGAUUUGAUGUGACUGCCAAUACCCCGGCACAAUGGACGAAUCUCAACCCCCGGCCUCGACGUCAACAAUAAGCAAAGGUUUAUUAAUGGCGCCGACAACCGCCGGUUACUCGAAUCUCCUCCAGCACAAACGCGCUGGCUCCACCGGCACAGGCACCGGCGAUGAAUCCUACACCACUGAUGAAGAGGACAAUAAUCUCGACCAUGAUGAACCAGACUGCUCCAUCAAGGAGCACGUCACCAGCAAACUCUACAGCAACUCAUUCGGUUCCUUCUCUGACAUCGCUACGAUUACUGAUAAAGUCGGACAUCUUACCGUGAUGCACCGCAACAGUUCAGAUAGCUCCGUGUAUAGUGAUCUAGGCUUGGAUAAGUGUGAAGAUAUUGAUUUCAAGGACCUGAGCAAGGAAGAUAAUGGAAAUGGGAAACCUUUAGAGGAAUGGUCCCGGAGUGUGGCGGAAGUCAAAGAGGCGGCUUUCACAAGGCUACAGAAUGAAUUGAAACAAGCGCAUCAGGAGUUGAAGUUAAAGGAUGAAGAAGUUGGAAGGUUGAGCAGGAUUCGACAGGAGGUGGAGACCGAGUUGGAGGACCUCACGGCGAGUUUAUUUCAGGAAGCACAUAAUAUGGUCAGAGAUGCUAAUGUGAAGCAAGCGGCUGCUGAGAAAGCGCUGCAUGAAAGUCAGAUGAAAGUCGACGUGUUAACUGCGGAGGUUUCUGCGUUAAAGACGCUCGUCUUAACCUCAACACCCAGUAAACCUAACCCUCAUCUACAUCCACAGAUUGAUUUGCGCAGUCGUGGUACUGAGGAAGGGAAAAAACACCGCAGGUGCCCAUCCCACUUCAAUUUGAAAUACGGACGGGAAAACUCGCCGCCAGAGUCGCCCACCAAGGAUAAUUCGAUAUUGGCGGCGUUGGAAGCCGCCCAGGAUGUCGCUUGUAAAGAGGGACAGGAAGUGGAUCCUGUGGUGCAGGAUGAAUUUAUGAAGUGGAAGGAACUACUCAAUCCGGUACUCAACAAGCAAGACGCGUUUAUUAAACGUAUCUACGAAGAAGAAAUAAAUCCGUGUUUACGGUUUACGAACCGAGAGUUGACGGAGAAAGUGAUUGUCGCUGUGGAAGCUGGAACCAUUUGCGUGGAAGCCAUUGGGGAUAAGACCAAAACAAUGUUUCCGAAAAAAUGUGCUUUGCUGGAAGUGCCAAGGCAGUGUUUCUAUAGAAUGAAUAUUGGUGAGCCAGAUGUGUGGUACUCGAUAUCGAAAAUUUGUCGAAAUAGGAUAAUAGCAGUCUGUGAUUUUUUAAAUUAUCUUAGGUAUAUUGAACGAGGACUCGUUAAAAGCUCAGCUCAUGAAAUUUAUUGGGAGAUCGCGCGACUCCGAAGGGAAAUGGUUUUCGCCAAGCUCGGCCUCACAAUGACUUCGUAAUUGCAAAUUACCUACAUUUUAUAAAUGUGUACAGAUAUUAUAUUGCGCGCUUUUUGUAAUCGACUAUAAAUGAGAAAAAUUUGUGCCAAUCGAAUUACGCACGACGUCCUUCUAUAAAUACUACUCUGCUGCAUGCAAAUCUCUUAAUUGUGACAAAAAUGUUUGUUGAGCGUCGUGCUCAAUGAUUAAAGUUUAUUAAACCUAAUUAAAUUAAAUAA